AUGGAUCGGUACGUACGGGUGAAGAAAAUCGGCGAAGGGUCAUUUGGAAAAGCGUUAUUGGUGAAAAAGAAGAGCGAUGGAAAACAGUACGUCAUUAAGGAGAUCAGUAUUUCCAAGGUGUGUCAGUCUUAAACUUAAUAUCCUACUUUUUCCGUAUAAAUAAUGAUUCAGAUUAUUUCUUACUUAAAACAUGUUCAAAGCAGUAACAGUAACAGUAGCAGUAACAUGGCGACCGCGGCUUCCUUUUAAAGCUUUUUUAAAUUUUAUCUUGGUGUGCAGAUGUCUCCGAAAGAGAGGGAGGAAUCCAGAAGAGAGGUGAAUUUCUUGCUGUUGUUCUUUGUGUGAACGUCAUUUAUAAAGCUAAUGAAACAAAUCUGUGCAUACAGUGUAUGUACAUUGUUAAGUACGUGCGGCUGCUGUAUUUUUGAUUCGUGAGGUUAGCUUGUAUAAGCAGAUGAAAGUGUGCGCGUCUAGAUUUUAUUAAAAAAAGAUCCAAUUGAUAAGACUGCUAGAACUGAUUUUGCAUGGGGACUGUCACAGUUAAUGAUAUUUACUCACAGUGAAAGUUCCAGUCACCCAUUGUGUUCAGUUUACACUGCCAGGUUUCAUCGUAGUUCUGUUUAUUAACUUCAACCUGCUGGUAAUAUUAGUACCUGCUAUAAUAUGUGUUGGUAUUUUUCAUCACUUUUGAUUACAUGUAGUAUGAUUGCUAGAAAGAUUUGUCAAUUUACAGUUGGGUCACGGAAAUUUGGUCUUAUAUAUUAUUUAGGGCAUCAUAAUUCCAUAAAUCAAUAUGGCUGAUUAUCUUUCUGGGCUGAACUUAUGGUCAUAAUAAUUAUUGUUUGAGUGAAAGCACUCUGCAUUAUUGCAUCCAAUGGUGCUUUUACUGAAAAGAACGGCGCCUCUCCCACCCUAACUACCUUUUCGUCAGCUACACGUAACAGUUAAAAAAAGUACUGUAUAUCCCAUCUGUCUCACAAUUAUCUAGCUAAUUGCAAAAAAAUGACCCAUGUGAUGAGAGAAAGGGCCACUGUCACUCAGGAUCUGUAGUGUAUCUAGAUAUUCACAAGCUUUUUGUUCUCUGAAUUUUGUAAUUAUUUGUUUUGUUCUAGGUGAAGGUGUUAGCCCAGUUAAAACACCCUAACAUUGUAUCAUAUCAAGAAUCAUUUGAAGGUAAGACCAAUGCAAGCACAUUUUGGGGCAGCCCAAGUUUAAAGUCAUCAUCAUCUGUAGCCUAUACCAUAAGUACUCCAUAAUUUCCGUAGGGAUAGAGGAGCAUGCCAAAAUUUUGUGCAUGAAAAUUUUAUAAAGUAAGGAUGGAGAUGUGGAGAGGAAAUGAGGACGAAACUUAAUCCCAGGUGUUUGACAUUAGUUAUUGCUCUCACAAUGCAAAAAAUAAUAAUAAAUGUGAUUUGCUCUUCAUUUUGGGAUAAAGUAACACUUGUCAGAAACGUUAUAGCCCCAGUUGUUCAAAGGGUUGAAAGGGUUGACAAUGCUGUCCACUUGAUAAAUUUCUAUCCAGCGCAUAACAUAAUAAUUGUUUCUCCCAAUACUUAUCCACUGGAUAGUGAUUUAUCCAACAUUUGAUCAACUGAGGCCAGGCCACUAAAAAUGAGAAAGAUUUAGUUGAAUUAUUUGACGAAUGGACAAAAUACAAGAAGUACUGUCAUGUAAGAGAUGGCUAUGGUACAAAUAAACACAAAGUUUAUGCCAGUAUUGUGAAACUAUAUUUAAAGUACCAGAGUGAGAAAAAAGCGAACUUUAUCAAUGUUUAGCUCUGUCACAUACAAAGUGAGUGGCAGUCUCUCUGUAUACAGUGUAGACUCUAUGUUUUUAAAACUCUCACCAAAUCAUUCCUUUUUGCCACUCAAAUCUUGGUCAUCAAAAAAUGCCAGUAACUUGCAAAAUUACUGGAAAGCACUUAUAGCUGUACACUGAAAACUCACUCAUCAGAACCUACCUGUAGAUUAAUUUUUUGAGUUCAGGUGCAGGAUGUUAUAAUCUUUGUCUGCUUUUUCAUGUUUUCUCCAGAGAAUGGAAAUCUUUAUAUUGCCAUGGACUAUUGUGAAUCAGGUAUUAUUAUGACUGUAUGAUCAGUAAAACUUGAUAAUAAUAAGAGAGAAGCAUCAAAUUGCAUGCAUACCACUUACUUCAGACAAGUAGCGGUUGGCAACUUUUGCAUACCAGGCUUAGUUAUGUUUACACAUAGUUGGAAGAUGAGUUCAGCACUGUGCUCUAGCAGCACCCAGUGGCUCCUGGCACCUUGCUGUUGGAAUUGAAUGGACACAGUGGAUAGGCUAAUAAAAUAAUAAUAGAAAAUAUUUAUAUAGCGCCUAUACUUUUCAUUGCUAAGCGCCAUAGGCUGCACAGUGGUUGUACAGGUUCAGAGCAUUGGGCUUCCUCCAAUUUUUCCUAGAGCACAGCAAAGGAGUUAAUGGGCCUUGCUUGUUUACAAAGUGACAGUGAACAGUUUAAUACUUGCUCAGGAGGAAAAUCUACUUGUCCUGUUAUGUACAAGCAGGCCAGAUAUUUUUUAAGCCCUAUUUAUGCUGGCUGCUACAUGCACACCGUCAGCUCAAAAUUUCUAGCUUCCUUAUGUAGCUCACUUUAUCUACCAAACAUAAUUUGCCUUUUUUAUAGGAGACUUGUAUAAGAGAAUUAACAACCAACGUGGAAUUCAGAUGUCAGAGGAACAGGUAAGGAGUAAUAAGUUAAUGCAAAUGUUUAAAACAUGAACAGUUGUGUCUUAGCAAGUUUAAUGUGAUCAAAGUAUCAUAAUUUUACUGGUCUUGACACGUGCUCUGAGUAUUUUGAACCACUUCAAAAGCAUGGCCUCAGAUUUGUGCAUUUCUGCUAUGAUUUACUUGUAUUUAUGUACUUUUAAGAAAUGGUGAAUGGCCUUCAAUAACGCACUGUACAUUCUCUUUUUGCAGGUUUUAGACUACUUUGUACAGAUAUGCUUGGCACUGAAACAUGUUCAUGAUAGAAAGAUACUUCAUCGGGAUUUAAAAUCUCAGGUAUGCUUUGAAUUUUAUUUUUUCGUGGCAUGGAUUAUCCUGCGUGUAUGGAAAUUAGAAAAUUCUAACUUGUAAAUGGAUGCUCUGUUUCAGAACAUAUUCUUAACAAAGAAUGGAAUUGUGAAGUUAGGAGAUUUUGGAAUUGCAAGAGUUUUACACAGGUACAGUAUGAUUAUAUUUUUAUGGACUAAAUUCAAUAUGUUGCCUUUACCCGUUUGAGCAUUCUUAGCUCCUCAGACUAAUUUUGGCAUGUAUACAUGUACGUAUAUAAAGCCAUGAAAUCUUCCUGGUCUUUUUGCUAAAUUCAUCACAAACAAUGUAACUUGAAUAACUCUGUUACCCAACUAUUUCUUUUCUUGAUCGAAACUGUGAAUUGUCCCAUUGUACAACACAAAGUUCUUUUGGCAAUCAAUCUUUCCAGCCACCUUCCCUAAAAAGUGAUUUUGUUUAAAUGGUUGACGAAACUGUCCUAAUAAUGCUCAGCUGCUAUACACUGGUAUACUGUAUGUAGUCAGAGUGUGAUUGAUUGUAUUUGUUUCAAUUCUUGGUAUGCUUUUGAUAUCUUGUUUGUCCGCAGUACUAUGGAACUAGCUCGCACCUGCAUUGGUACCCCUUAUUACUUGUCUCCAGAAAUAUGUGAGAACAGACCUUACAAUAAUAAAAGGUAGAUGCUCGUGCCUUUUUCGUUGUAACUGUAAGUUACCAUCAAGACUUGCCACACUCGCAAAUGGCAGCCGUAAGUUAUUUUGAUGUUUUAUUUUUCAGUGACAUUUGGUCUCUUGGAUGUGUCCUAUAUGAAUUGCUGACUUUAAAACAUGCUGUAAGUAAUUUCAUUUAUCAUUAACGAAUUUUUUUUUGUAACUGUGCUGAGUCAAUCUUUUCAUAGAGACUCACCUAAAUAAACUUCAGAGUCUCAAUCCUGAGUAAACUUAGUUCAUGUACUUGUAAUAAUUGUAUAUGUUUUACAGGUCAAAAUUAAAUUCAGGUUGCCAUUAAAAUUUUUUGUAACCUAGGUUGAUUCUCAAUAUCCUUUGUGUCCUAGCUUUAAUAUUUAUUAUUGAUGAAUUAGGUUUAGGAGACAAAGGAAGUUGAGAAUCAAUUUUGACCUGUAACAUUAUACACUUGUAGGUAAUGUUUUUGCUUGGGAGGUGCACAUUCUUAACACACUAAGCAUUUUCAUAUACCAUUCAUUCAAAAGCUAACCAAAGAAAUGAAUUGUCUUAAAUAUAUUCACUUUGAAAAUGGAGAGUUCAUAGUAAUAUUCUUGGUAGCUACAUGGGCUAGCCUAGUACUCUCUCUUGCAUGUAUUUGUACACUUAUGUAUUUAUGACAUUAGGGCCAUUUAUACGAGGAAAAAUAAGACGUGUCUUACAUAAGACGCGUCUUAAAUAAGAAGCGAACUGUACCAUUUAUACGAGCAUGUCUUAUCUAAUAAGACGCGUCUUAGCUAAGCCGCGUCUUAUUUUAGACGAAAUGUGCCGUUUAUACGGAAAGUUCGCGUCUUAUUUAAGACGCGUCUUAUGUAAGACGCACUUAUUUUUCCUCGUAUAUUAAAAUGGCCCUAUUGGGUGUGAUUAAAACAUGUCUGUCCCUUCAUGACUAAAAUUAAUGUUAGUUAUUUUAAUACUGCUGUAUAAUACUUGUGGGGUUGUCCUGACAACAAGUGUUCUAUAGUAAGUUGUAUGCUGUUAGCAAAAAGGAAAACAAAACAAACAAAAUGAAAGUGGUGUGUUAUUUUUGAAAUGAAAGAAAGACAGUUUUAACCAUUCAAUAAAACAUAAUUAUGCACGUACGAACUAUCUAAGAUGUGCACUAUUUAACUGGCCAGUUUCAUCAUUGUCAAAUACUACCGUGAUACCAGUUGACAUAAAUUAUGCCUUGUGGCCUAAGCUUUGAGCCUUUGUGUAAUAUUAUUUUCAUCUUUUUAUCACAGUUUGAAGCUGGAAAUAUGAAGAACUUAGUUUUGAAAAUUAUAAGGUAAGGCUGUAUAUUUCCACUAGUCCAUUCACUUUUACAUGGUUUAGUGGAAUUCCUAAAUAAUAAUCUGAUUAUCAAGUGAAUUUUGAUUGUGAAUACACUUCACCAGAGAUUCCAAUCCUGUCAACUAAAUAAAGGGAGGUUUUUGGAGCGGCUACCAGUGCUGAAGGCUUGAUCCUCUAGGGGAGUCCAGGGGCAUAUUCCCCUGGGAAAAAUUUCAAGAUAUAUACCUCUAAGAUUCCAUUUCCUGGAUUUUGAGAUCGCAGUCAAGGGAAAUGCUGUGCCUAAAAUUAUCACAGGCUCAUGCUUGGAUGACAAAAGGGUAAAAAUGGUUGAGAAACCAGUGAAAAUGCCAAAGAAUCGUGCUAGAAAGACUGGUUAAUCAAAGAAACAUUAUCUUUCUUUGGCUAGGAAGAGUUUCAAAAACCAGGAGAAUAGUAAGUGAGAACAGGAGUCUCGAAUGUAUUGCCGAAAACAGGAGGUAAAUUCCUGCCAAAACGGGAAGGUUGGAAUCUCUGCUUCAUGUAUAUAUGCCUAAACCUAAUUAUUCAUAAUCAUAGAUAAUUUAGAUUAGGAGACUAAGGAAACUGACAUUGUUAUUCAUGAACUAAAAACAUCAAUUGAAGAAUUAUUUUGAACUAAAACUACUUCAAUGACACUUGUGUGUUAUGAUUGCAUGGCAUUUAAUAGUCCUUUUUACCAAUACAGCAGCCAUAUUGAUUUAAUUCACUUUAAGGAGUAUCAUGGGAUGCCCAGGGGGCAUAAGCAAGAUCCAUUAUACUCGCUUAGCAUUAGAAAUAUGGUUUGUCACUGUAUAUUUCGUGGGAAAAAGGCGGUCAUUAUUACGAAACACUGCGCAACGAUUUUUUUUUCCCAUUACAAUCUAUUCUAGGAAAACUUUAAGAAAAAAAUAAUAGCCUGAAAGGCGCGUGUUAAUACUAAGUGAAUAUAUCGGAGUGGGCUCAUGCCCACUGGGCAUCCCAUAAUACUCCUUAAAUCUAACUAAUAUCAGUAAAAAGGUCUAUUGCGUAUACAUGCUGAUUUUGACUUAUGUAAUAAUAUGCUACAUGUAAUGAGUUAAAGUCCUAUCAAGAAUUCAAGAUGUUGUACAUGUACAAUGCAGCCUUGCUCAAAUGCUUGUUCAAUUUCUCACCAGGGGAUCAUACCCACCCAUCCCUUACAAGUAUAGUGCUGAUAUCAGAGGACUGGUUGCACAGAUGCUGAAACGAAAUGCUCAGUAAGAUAAUGGAAACGAUCAGGAGCCCAUCAAAUGAAGCCUCCAUCUCCAUUAAUUUCUUGAGUCAACCCUUUCCCGAGUAGAUUUAUAAAUAGAACGGCUUGUUUCCCGCGAAAAGUAUCAUAUUUCCGUGAGUCUCGUAUGUCACCAUGAAAAAAAUGAAGUUGGAUGAAGUCAAACUCAGAAGCCCGUCCUUCGACGGUUUUCCUUUUUACUAUACAUCCAUUUUAUGAUUUUACAGCCUCUGGGAUCUAGGUAUCAUGAAAUACAAGUUAAUGAAUUACCCGAAUGAGACUGAGCAUCAAGCGAUGGGACAAAGAGUGAACUGAGGAUCAGUGAAAGGUUAUCUUUGCCAGUGUUUUUAUUUGUCGUCAUACAUUCCACGUGUUAGCAUCCGCUUCGAAAAGAGUCGAUGAUUAAGCGUUCUGUGGACGAUUUGGAACUUUUCGAUGAUCAGUGCCGAAAAAGUGCGAGGAUCAUGAUUUGAUUUUUGUCAUCACCUUGGAGUGGAUUCCCAGUGGAUUUCCGCAUGCAAAAGCGAUGAACUAAGUAGCAACUAACGAGAAAUGCUUUAUUUCCGAAAUUUGAGAAAUUGCAGUCUUCCUUUACAACUGACUCGUAUCACCAUGAGAGUUGCCUGAUAAAACUGGCACUUGAAAAGUUGAACAGAAGAGAACAGUUGCUCGACCGUGAAGCUAACUCAAAAGUAAUUUGCGAACGGAGGAAUUUGUGACAUCGUGCUCCAGUCCAAACACGCACUUAUCUCAAGAAAAACAAAAUGGAUUGUAUCUGCAACAAAAGGAUUAUGACUGACUAACAGGACAAUUCUCAGCAGUUAAUGUAGAAGUUUAGGCUCAAUUCUUUCCUUCGAAUUCGCAUCUGUAGGUCACUUUUUUGUGAGAAAACAAUGGCUGGGCCCGGCGUUACAAAACAUAGCAAGGAAUCAUCACACAAGCUGACGGACAAAACAACCACAAGGACUACAAGUAUUUUUUCAGAUAAAGGCAUUUCGGAAAAAAAACCUUAGAAAACUAGAAAUUUGAUUAAUAUUGAGUCAUUUAGCCGAAAUAAUAACCUUAACGCUUAAAAAAAUUGGCUAAAGAAAACGAAUCCUGUCAGAACUUCAGACUGCAGGUAGCUUCAUGGCCUCUUAUUAAUGUGAGACAAGCAACCAAAAUAAAGAUUAACAUAGUCAGAGUUUAAAACUCUCCACAAUGUAAUCCACCGGCUAGAAAGAAAAGGAAGAAAUCUCUGAGGGAUGAAAACACUAAAGUCACGUUUCACUAGCUUAUCAUUGUGUCUGGCCUGUCAACACCGAAUUUCCUGUUGUUUGAUGAAGUACAAUAGCAGUGUCAUUUUGUCGUUGUGAUUGGCUCUUCCUACCGUCGGCGUGCGAAGUCUCCCCCAGGAACCGUUCUAAUUAUAAGUCUACUCGGGAAAGGGCUGGCUCCAAGGGCUUGUUUGGGAGAUGAAGGCUCCAUUUGAUGGGCUCCUGAAAUGAUGUAGAUUUCUGUUUAUCAUUUGUUUGUUUUCAUUUUUUUCUUUCUUUGAUAUCACUUACUGUGUUUACUUUGGCUUCACAAUUGCAUAUAAAGCAAUACAGUGUGAACUGCUCAUACGCAAUUGUGGAUCCAAGGUAUGGCACACAAAGGAGACGUGGCCAUUGUGAUGAUGAUUGUCUCUGUUCUGCAGUGACCGUCCUUCUGUCAACUCAAUUCUAAAGAAACCAUUCAUACAAAAAAGGAUUGAAAAAUUCUUAUCUGAAGAGGUAUGAUAAUGAAAAGUUUAUAAUUUACAUGUAAUAUUGCAUUCUCAUUCCUUACAUUGUCCCUUCAUAGUAACUAGUGCCCUUAAACACUGGUGGGGUUGUCACUGACAGUAUGGGUACUAUCCAGUAGUAAGCUGGAUGUUUUUAGCACAAAGGAAAACAAAACAAACAAAGGGAAGGUGGUGUGUUGAAAUCAAAGAACGUUUUAGCCAUAACAUACACGUAUGCACAAAUUUUUGGUAAGAGGGUUUCGAGGCUGUUGCAAAGCUAAGAGAUUUUAUUAGUCUUAAGUCAUUUGACUGGUGAACUUAUUUUAGGUUAUGGCAGAAGAGUUCAGCCAUACUGUGAUUCAUCGCAAGCCACUGAGAGUGUUUGGUCAGCAAAGAAUUCCACCUAAACCUGUUAAACCAGCUCCUGGUUAGUAAUCAUUAUUAAGUUAAUAUUAUUAUGGAUACUUACGGUCCAAAGCUGGCCAAUCAGAUUAGAGGAAAAUAACAAUUAUUCCAAUAAAGUUAGUUGUGGGCCAAUCAGCAGCUUCCAAAAAGCAAAGCAACAACAACAAGAAAAAACAAUAAGUUACUCAAAGCAAAGCAAACGUUUUUCAAGAAAGUAAAGUGUUUCAACAGACAAUGUUUUUGUACAGUCAUGUAUGCAAAACUUUACACAUAAAACCUAGGAGACAAAUUUGUUUGACCUAAGCUGUUAUUUUGUCAUCUACCAGCAAUUUGACAUCAGAACCUCAAGUCAAAAAUGUACUGUCACUACAUGUAACAUUUUUGUUUUUUGCCUGCGGUAUUAACUCUGAUGGAAACACAGGCCUUCUUCAGUGGGUUCAAAGGUCAUGUCUGUAGGUUGUAAUUGGUUGAUUUUGAUCCGUGAACUGUUUAUUUCGAUUAUGAUUGACAACUGACUUUCUCGGAAUGUAUUGUUAUUUUCCAGUAAACCAAUUGGUCAAAUUUGUCUAGGUGGCCCCAGCUGUAGUACUCGCACCAUUACAGUUUCUAGCUGAAAGGUUUUUUCAGUGGCAAUAAAAUCAUGUAGAGGGGCAUUCAAUCGCUACAGAAAGAUGCUUUAACAUUACUUUUAAAGGAGGUAUUAAGAUGAUGUACAACACUAAUAUUAAUAAUGAUUACACUGACUCCCUUGUUUUUUUAGCACCACAAAAGUAUAGUGAUCCAAAAGCAAAGUAUGGAGUAUCUGUUGCAAAGAAAAAGCAAGCACCUCCAAAGUAAGAAUCUAAUGAUUAUUUAGCUUGAUGUGCUGUGCAUGUGUCAUAGUAAUAUUAUUAGUUACUGGGUUUAGUAAUAUUGUCAGAAGCUGGUUUUAAUUUCUUUUUUGUUGAGUUUUGUCCCUGUAAAGAGUGGAAAGGUUUAUUAUUAAAUUGCUGGACUGCAAACACUAUUUUUCACUCACUUUAUAUCCCUACUGCUGCCUGUAAUUUGAACAGUUGUUCCGCAGGACAUUUUGUGGGGGGAGGGGUAAAAUGUGAAAUGCAUGCACACUGUAGAUUGCACUUUCAGAUGAAUAUUUGAAUUUUUAAUUUCAAAUUUUCCAGUCAAAAUGUAAACUGGUUACAAUAUUUUGGAAUCUUGGUUAUAAAUGUUACCGUCAUUGUUGUUGCAUUUAUGUUGUUUGGUACAGUUUCCACAGAAGCACCAGCUACUCAAAUAAUAACAAAUCAGGGAUAUUUCUUUCUCAACACUUUUUUAAGUAAAAACAAACAUAUCAUGAAAAAUAAACAAAUGUUGUAGGUAAAUAUUUAAAACAUGCACAUGUAAAGGCACUACCUCCAUGGCUAAAAUUCUUUAACUGAUUGCUCAAAAUUCUUUUACAGGAGGCCCAGCUCAGGAGAGGCAGUGAAAAAACCUUCAAAACCGAGCAAUGCAGCACAAGACAAACCUGCUAAUGACAAAAAGAAAGAACCUGAUGCUCGUGAGAGAAGACGCAAGGAAAUGAUGCAAAACCAGGUUUGAUUACUUUAUAAAUUCUUGGUUUCAACAUAAUUUUUUUCUAUCUUGCGACCUUUCAACUUUUACUAAAGUUAGACUUCAAAGUUGUUGCAUUAAUUGAAGAAAUUUUGAUGAAACGUGUUUAUUUUUCGUUUUUAGGAACAAAUGUACCAGGAUUAUAUGAAAAAAGUUCAACAACAGAGAUGGGAGCGUCAACAGGUACUGGAACGAGGCACAGCACUUUACUACUGAAAUAACCUGAGUCUAAUCCGGAUAAUUAUCAUCAUGAAUCAAUGAGUGGUGUACACUUAUAAUGUUCUUAGGUCCACUGUUUCUAACAUUCUGUUUGUCUUUUUUAAGCGUUUACUCUUGCUUGGUAAAUAUUAGUCUCCGAGUACGCUCUCCAUUUGAGGAAAUCGUGAGAAGUCAAGCGUAAGCAGCAUUUGAAAGGAGAUGCCGGAGUAAAGUGCUUGUUCGCGCUGGCAAGCUAUUUAAAUAUUGUCCUAAUGAUUGUACUUAAUAAAUAGAGGCCUAACAGAACUUAUGAAUCACUUGCUUGUCAUCAGCGUGAACAGAUCAAUAGAGCAAGGGAACAAGCUUGGAAGAAUACGCUCAGUGUGGGACUCAGCCCUGAGGUAAUAAUUAUUAUUUAUUAUUUAAUGUACACUGUGUAGAUAUUAGGUUCUGGUUGAGAUGAAACGUUAGUUUGAAUCCCUGAAUGUACGGUGUAGGUCAGUGUACACUCGCAUUCCAUUUUUCUCGCAAAACCUUAAGAAACUGAAGGUUCUCCGAAAAGCAAAGAAAAGAAACUAAAACGUAUGUUUGGGCGUGUAAAUGUUACUGGUCAAAUUUGAUUUAAGAUUAAUUUUGAUUUAACCUAGGUUUGAUUUUUUAACCUAGGUUCUCUAUAAGGUAAUGUUAUAUAAUUAUGCAGUAAGCCAUAUUACAUUGAUAUGUUUGUACUAAAUCUAAGGUAAUGUUAGCCACUCAUAUCUACGACACUGCAGAGAUCUGUUGUCACUUUAUGUAUAGAAAUAAAUGUCAUUUCCUAUCCGAUGCGAUAAACCAUUACCGAGUAGAUAAAUAAUACUGGAAACCAUUUAUUCCAUUAAGUACCGGAAAGAUAUUUCUCCCCUACAUAACACUGCAUAACGCGCGCGUAGGCUGGAGAACUGUGAGAUGUGGCUGUGGAGAAAGGUCUUAAACAUCUGAUCACUUGGUAUGACAUCUGUAACGAUGAGGUAUUGAGGCGUGUCGGUGAGGAAAGAGCCAUCAUAUCUGUUAUCAACAGAAGACAGAGAAUCUGGCUUGCUCAUACCCUACCGCAUGGUGAUCUUGUCCAAUAAAUUAUUGAGGGGAGAAUAAUAGGAAAGAUACCACCUGGAAGACCUGCUGGAAAGAGUAGAGUGACCGUCCUUACGUAGCAGUCAAGAGGCUCGCCUUAGAUCGAGAACUAUAAGGAGGCACCUGCCUGUGGGCAGAAUACACACACACACAUAACACUAUCCAGCUUUAAACAACUGAAUUAAGCCAGUCAGACUUUCAAACUGCCAACAAUACAUGUACAUCUGAUAUAGUAACCUAACUUGACCCAACUUUUCUUAGAAUGCAUGAUUCAGUAAUGUCUUUUAUGAAGAAUAAAAAGGUGAAAAAGAAUAAACGUUUAACGAGUCAACGAAUAAAAAAUAAGUCAACUUGUAAAUAUUUUUAAAAUUUUGGUAACAAUGUAUGUCAUAGGUAAGCAUGAGCUUGUCCGUUUAGACUUGCUGCAACUUACAGAUUUACGCAAUACAAUACACACUUAAGUGGUGAGAGAUAUGGUGUAUAAGCAAUCAUUUGUCACAACAAAUGUCAGUCACUGUCACUAUCAACAGUCCUUAUUCGGAACUCCAUUCACCGGACAAUCAUAUUCAACCUACUUACACUACACUCAUAUGAAAUGUCGUCACUAAGUAAAACAGAAAUAUGCACUGAAAACUCAGUGCAAUGCAUUCUCUUGAGAGAUUGGGAGACUGACGUUACAGAAAUUUGUAAAAAUGAUUAGAGGGUGUGCGACAAAGAACUACCACACUAUAGUCUGCAAAAACAUUCGUUCAUAAUUUAGUCAUUCGUGAACACAUUUAUCAGUGACGUUUGAGUGAAAUAUCUUAUUUUCAGGAUUUUGAUAUCCCAGCAUGCCUGUUUAAGCUCCAAGACUUUUGUCUUCACUCUGGUUUUGUUCUUAAUACCUGUGCUCAAUUGAUUGACUUGAUUCUGCUAAUUCAAGAAGCCGCACUUUCCUCUCACCGGGUAUGAUUGCACUUGAUGUGAGACGUUUUUGAACUCUCAGUACCAACCAGAUAUGACUGCAAACUAAUCUAUAAACUUUCCUUGAAGUAACAAGUGCAGCCACUUUUGAAACUAAUGGGGAUUAACGUCAAUAACAAAAGCUGUCUAUUAACUCGUGUAAAAUAAAUUUGCCUUGCCUUUAACCUGUAAACAACAGUAAAUUACAUUAAGGUUAUCGCUUGUAACUGUGUUUAAAUUCAUAUAACAUGCAAGUAAAGUAUCAACUAAAUGCUCGAUGAGACCCGGAAGCAGCCAAUCAGGACAGUGUAUUUACGGGUGAAGCAGCCAAUCGGGAGAGUUUAUUUACGGGUGAAGGGCAAAGUAUAUGGCAAGAAGUAAGGGAAUCCCUGGACUCUAAAUUCCUACCGGGCCGCAGUUCCAGAAGCUUUUCAAUCUCUAUAUAUGAUUGGUCAGAUUUCUGGCCAAUCGGAAGCAGGGUUAUUUUCAAGUUGAAAAUCUGGCUCGCAGAAGCUAGUGACAAGUGACUCUUCCGUUCUUGCCUCAAACUUUGUCUUUUGCCCGUGGAUAUCCCGUACGUACUGAUUGGAUACUUCAGAUUCUCAGAGGAUGCGUAAAAGUAAUCAUAACUGUAUUAUAAAGAAUUCAAAACGUAUUACAAUAUAAAUUGCUGUCUUCAUAUAACUUAAAGUACUAGUAUUCCAUUUACUGCCCUUGCAUUUUAUCAAUUUAUAUCAAAAUGCACUUUUCUGGCCAAAUAGUUUUUUUCUUCUUGUUCUCAGUAAGAAGGCAAGUCCUUGCGUUCCCUCCACUCGCUAUUUCAGGGGGUUCUUUUCUUGGUCCAAUAGAAUGUAAAAUAGUUUUGUGGCAAUAAAAAGAGAGUUAACUGUCACAGUGAGAAUAUCUUAAGAAAUUCUUCUCGUUCCCGUACUGGUAUGCAGGGAAAUUAAUCGGUUAAGAAGAGGUUGAAUAUGAUGGUCUGCAUGGGUGAGUGUGGUCUUGAUUAGGACCAAUUAGCGUGCAAUUACCUAGUCCAUAAUAUUAAAAUAAUAAGCUGCUUGCAUCAAAUAUUACUUUAUUAUUACUAUUUGGAACAGAGUAAACUGAUCUGAAGUACUGGAGUUAAUUGGUGUUCAUUUAUUGUUUCUGCUUUGUAGAAGGAGAAAAAGCCAUCAGCGGAUCCCUCUGCUGCCGUGAAGCCAAACCAACAGGAAAUAGUUGUAAGUAAUCAGCAUUGUACGUAAGGGAAUUAAAACAAAUAGGUUUUUGAAUUAAGACAAAAAGAAGUGAAGUGACAGUCAUCUUCAGUGAGAGUUAACUAUUGAAACAACGCUUUUUCAAGAGAACAGAAAUUAUUAUUGGAUUAAAUAUGAAUGGCAAACUGAGCGGAAUUUAUUGGGCUAUAGAAGCCAGCUAAUACGCAUCCAAACUACACGGCACACUUUAGGUCUCGAGUGAUUAGUCAGUCUACAACGCAGACUAUAGGGUGGUUCUUUAUCGCUCCGAGAGUUGCGAGGUUUUGCGAGAGAUGUAUUUCUAGUCGCAAAGUGCACGGCAAAAAAGGGCAAAAUCUCGCGGCAAAAAGCUGUGAUUGUUUUUCUAAUUUAUUUCUCGUAGAAAAAGGAGCCACAGGUGAUGCAAAAAUAUCAGGGAAAAAUAGACGACCAGGAAUCGAAAGAGAACAAACCAGCCCGACCAGUGUCAGCAGACGAAAGGCAUCGACAACCGGCUGUGAAGGUGGCUGGUAGGCCUGUUUCGGCAAAUGACGCGAACAGGGCACCACCUGCUCGACCUGCUAACUUGGCCUGGAAUGCAGCUAAGCAGGGUGAAGUAGACAGGUAAAGGGGUAAAAAUGGGUUAAUUUGCCAUGCAUCAGUCUUCUCAGUCAGUCAGUUCGUCUCCUCAGUCUUGGGUAGGUGUGAAUGUAUGAACAAAACCUAAAAAGAUAGUUCUUUGGCAGUUUUUUGUUUCACUGCAUGUGUUGUUGAUAUAAACUGAAGAUUUACUUCGCCGUCCGUCCCAGGAUCCUUCGCUAUUGCUGCUUGGGGACGCGUCAGGGAAAACUUUGACAAAAAUGUGUUGCAUUGGAAUAAACUGUGAAAAAAUCGAUUUUUUUUGUUUGGAUUUGUGUAGAGCCCAAGCCGCUGGUGCAGCGGAGAGAGCUCGUUUGUUAGAAGAGUUCUGGAACAGAAAAAGAGCCGCUCAUAGGAAUAAAGCAAGGGGACAGGUAAAACAAAUUCCCUUUCAUAUUGAACGAUUUUCUUGCGAUUGAAAAGGCCGUCUGCAGCAUGAUUUCUGUUGGUAUUUUUACUCUAUUGUGCAUGGUAAUACACUUUGGUUGCGAUUUUUAGGGAGGUUUUCUUGCGACUGUCUGAUGUCUUUGGGGCAGUUGCCAAGGUGCGUGUUCGUUCUAAGCUGCAUAAAUAUUGGAAAACUGCAAUAAUACACGCGCGAUUUUACUGUAACCGAUUGUUCCUGCAAUCGCAGCAAAAAGCGCCGUUGUAAGCAAGCCUUUUUCAAAUACCCACUGAUUAUUUUUCAUUCCCGUUUUUGUUUUCUUUCAGAAUUUUAAUGUCCUUCCCGAUCAUUACCCACCAGGUUGGUGUAGAAAUGUUGAAGUUGUUGCUGUACGUGAUGUUCAGUGCUUUGCUUUGUUUUGACACGUAUGGGAUAUGUGUUUUGCUCACUUAUUUGAAGAUAUCACAAUUGGUAAUCCUUUCAGACAAUGCGUGAAAGGAAAAAAAGGUUUAAGUCUAAAGAAACAUCUGAAUCCAGUUACAUAAAACGAAGCGUAACUUUUUAAGUUUGGCGUUAGAUAAAGGUUUGACUGGGUUUUACGUUACGUCCGGUCAAGAUUUAUACAUCUGCCAACCACAGAAAAUACCCGCAGGGCACUGGGUCAUGACUAACUUUCGUUUUUAUCUCACUGGAUGAAAAGCUGCCAGUGUAGGAAAGCAUUUAAGCGUAAAAUUUUUGCAUUUUGAGUUUAAAAAAUUACAGUGGGUAGCCUGAACCACAGGGUAGUAAUUAUCGCUAACGUUUUUUUCUGAAACGCGAAAAUAGCGGAAUUUCUUAAGAAUAUUUGGUGAUAUAGAGAGCAAUUGUUGUUCGAUUGUAGGAUUGCUGUUUGUAUCUCAGUGACUGGAAUGUGCAAACGCUUUCCCUGGUUGUGUGGAACUUUAAGCGAUCUUUGUCGGACAGUUACAUAUUUUUUUUCGAUACCUCAAACUGUACCUUUCUUUCGGUGGCAAACUAUGAAAGUACCCUACGCUAAUUCCAUUAUUUAUGUUUGCAGCCAAUAUUGCUCGUCCAAAAGGUGCUAUUUCAGCAAAGGAUGCACAAGAAAAGGUAGUAACUUGAAAGAAUUCUCGAGAUCUGAUAUCAGUAUUGACAGACAGUUAUCGUUCUUCUUCUUUUGUUUUCAUUUUAUAAUUACAGAUUCUCUUAUUUGCUUUUUUCAGGAGUAUCUUGCACGUUUGGAAGCCAUUAGGCGUCAAAAUUUCCAAGAACGAAAAGAAAUACAAAGACGAAUGGCAGGCGUACGAGCUCCCGUGACUCCCUCCGCUCAGGUUCUACAUCAUUUUGUGAGGUUUUCUUUAUUUUCUGUUCCAUGGAAGUUGCCUUGUUGGCCAUCACACACUAGUUAUUUAUUUAUUUUUUUAUUGUGAGGCUUAAGUCUUUUUUCCUCGUCUUUCUUUCUUUCUUUCUCUCUCUCUUUUUUUUUAUUUUUUGUUUGUUUUAUCACCAGCCACCGAUCAAAUGUUGUUUGUUACAAUUCACUUGACUAUGCAGUUAACACCUUCUCAGUUUUCGGUAUCCAAGUACCCUUUGUUUUAAGACAUGCCUAGGCGAGACGGCUCUCUUCUGGUAAUUCUUUUCAUUAGUGUCUUAGUGGGGGCCAUUUGAGCUGCUGGUUUGCCGUAGAUCAGGCGGGUGUAUUCUUGGAUUUUGCCCAUUGAACACCCAGUCCUUCUAAACUUUAACAAGACCGGACUAAUUUUGAUUCACUUUUGAUGUUACAUCCCUUUCCUAACAAAAUCAUUACACAUGAUGCCGGAGCCUUUCCUCUUUUCAGACUUUUUUUGUACACUUCUCUUUUUCAUUUUUUUGUAUGGAGAAAAGUUCGCCACCGUUUAAGAUCCAAAAUUUGAAGUGUUAAUUAAACAACUAUUUUUUCCUCGCUGGCGAUGUUGCGACAAACUUGGAGACGAAACGCGAAAAUAAUGUGUGCAUAACACCUAAUCCGCACGGUGUUAUCAUGGACAAGUUGGUGAUUUUGUUUUUCUUGCAGAAGGAGAAUGUAAUGAUUCAAGGUGAUCCACGCUAUGAUCCUGACGCUAGGAAAAAGAAAAUCGCCGAUCUGAAGGUAAAACAACCUUUAGGCUCGCCUGCAGUACAGCCGAUUUUGCGGGCGAACCAGCGCUCAGUAUUUCUCGUACAGAUAGAGGCCACCUUUAAGUGUGAAAGCAGAGGAAAACUGAGCAAAUGGAGUACUGAAAAUAACGGAGUGUUGGCUCCACCCUCACGGAGCCCCCUUCUUUCCCUCUCACAUGUACCGCCACUUAAAACGGCUUGACUGACCGGCUGGCUUGUAAGUUCUACACUUGAACCUGUGUUAAGAGGACACCCUGUGUUAAGUGGUCGCGUGCGUCAUUGAGUCGCACCCAAUAUUCCAGUAUCUUUCUUUAAAUUGGUCCUGUAUUAACUGGAGUAGGGACUGGGUCCCAAUGGUGUCCCUCCACCAAACUAAAACAGCUUUCACUAUAUUUGGCACGUUUUUAGAGCCAGGUGAUCGUUGUGUUCCCGUCCAUUUUUCAUUUUGCACUUUUCUCAUUUCUCAUCGUCUUUCCUUCCCAUUUGUUUAUCUCUUUUUUAUCUCAAGGCUCAGGCAGAGGAACGAGCUGCUCUGUUGCGAGCUCAGCUGGAAGAAAGAAAGAAGGCGAUUUUGCAGAGAAUUAACCAAGAAGGAAAAGAAAAGCUUGAAAAGGUUUUAUAUUUUUUUGUCCUCUUAUUGAAUCUCCUGUCACUUUCUAUGUAGUUUUGGAUGUAUUUUUUUAUUGUGUUUUAGCAGUUGACUAUUUUAACUGAAUAGUUUCGUUCUCGAUGGAAAAAAACGGCCAAACCGAAUGCUUUGCCUCUGAUGGGAGUCAAAACCAUGACCGUCCGUUCUGUUUUAAGUGUGCUCUCUUGUGCAACAGUUUUCGAUUUCUACUUUUUUUUUAAUUUUAGGAAAACCAAAGAAAAGAUGCAGAUAAAAGGUAGGAUUCAGAGUUGAAACGUUUUUACAGAAAUUCAAAAAUUUUUAACCUUUCUAGUGGUCAAGUUUUUCAUGCAGGGUGAAAGAUAAGUAAUUAAUUCUCAACUUUAUUUUUUAAAAAUACCAGAAGGUACUGCAAAACAAUCAAACUAAAAAGUAAGAUUAUUCAUGUCGGUAGUCACAAGUCACGCUAUAGGGUUUGAUACGGAUACCAAAAGAGUAAGACCCUGUUUACAUGGAGUUGGGGACCCCGGUUUAGUGGGGUAGGUUUCUUUUGUUUUGUGUCCCCCAGAGAGUGAAAACGAAAGAAACCAACCCCACUAGACCGGGGUCCCCCACUCCAUGUAAACAGGCCCUUAGAAUCCCAGGAAAUAUCCUUUCUAGCAUUUCACUCACGGGCUUGUUUUUGCAGGAAGCAAAUAUAAGAAACAGUGUACUGAGAUUUCUGCCAUCUAUUCAGGUCCACCUCGAUGUCUAACAGAUACAUUAAAUCAUUGCUCUGUUUGUUGUUUAACAGGCCACUUCCAGUUCUCGCUAAGUAUGAGAGACCUGCAGGUGUGUCAGUAAUGUUACUUAGUGCAGUCGUGUUUUUGGAAUUUAUUCGCAUUUUCUCCAUCGGUGAGAUCACAUCCUAGUCUAUGUUGUUCAUUUUAGAGCCUGCACCAAAGCCUGCAGUUGCACCAGUUGGUCUUGAGACAGCGUUGAAACAAGUUGGAGCUACCCAACUGUUCAGAUCGAAUUCUGAGGUAAGCCAAUCUUCAAUAGUUUGAGGUUUAUAUUACUCAUUGACACUGAUCGCUAGACGCCCUCCAAGAAAAAUUUGCAAUCAUGUUUUGGCCGAUCGUCAGUCACUGUCAUGAAAAAUUGCUUGAAUCUAUCACGAGGUGAAUGUGCUUUACCUACCCUGGAAUCUGAAACACCUAUUCCUUUCCUUUCAACCGAGGAAAUGAUGGAGGCGGAUUAAAUUAAGACUGAGAUUUGGUAUUUUGCCGAAGUUUUGCCUUGGCUUUUGUAGGAAAUAUCUACAUUUUUAUUUUGUAACUAUUGCAGAAUGACAUUCGCAAAAUGACAGAAGAGGAAAAGGUUGAACCACUCGCGCCGCGCAAGGCCUGGGGAGAUAUUCCAUUUCAGCCUCGCCUCCUGUCAUUGGAAGUCACGGCUUCGGCUAUGGAAGGUAUAGUUAGGUAUAUUUCAUUGAUAAGUUACAGAUAGGAUCCAUUAUUUUAUUAACCUUCUCUUUAUUUGACUAGCGGCUAGGGAACAGAAGUGAAAUCUAGGUCUAGAGAUUAUUUUUUAAAGACAUCAGAAUGUUCCUUAGUAGAGAGUGGUAACUGUUACGUAGGCUGUCUUUGUAACUGAUAAUUAAAAUUUGUCUAUUGCAGCAACCAGCCAAAAUGACGCUGUAUUCAAGCCAGGAGUAGAAGCAGCCAGAAAACAGUGGGGAAAACCGCAAAUGACGCAGAUAAUUUCUGCUCUGGGUAACGCUCAACUUCAAACAGCAACAACGACCAUUGGUCCUGAUGAACCGGACGCUGGAAAGAAAGCUCAGCUUCCGGUCGUCAAGCAGUCAUUUGGUACUGCGGUCGGUUCAGCUAUGGGUACAACUGUCACGGUACAAAGUCCUACUGUCACACCACAGUUAGGAGUAACAGUGGUUAAGUCUUCCACCUCGGACUCUCCAAAGACUGUUAUUAUGAGAAAGGAUAAGAUUGACGUGAACAAAGAGGAGAAUUCUCAAGCUCAGACUACCAUAACGCUAUCCGGGAAACCAGAAGAAGAAACGAAAACAGCUGUCGCCUUGGAAACGAUUUCAGAGGGAACUAAAGAGACCGACAAAGAAGACACCACUGUCGAGACUGAAAAUACCGAUGAUAUUGGUGUAGAAGACGUGGAAGAUGUAACUGAAGAGAAAUUGCCGGAAGCCGCGAUAGGUGAGAAAUCAGCGCCAAAAAGCCCCCUGAAGGCCUGGGGUGAGGUGAAGGAGAACACGUCAACUGAAGGUAGGACAUCUGUAUAACGGCUACCCCCCAAAUGUCGACACUUCUACAAACAAUGACCUUCCCUACAACAGUGGCCUCCACCACUUCUCUUAACACGGUUGAUUAAACCCUCUACUUGUUAGUCUACUGAUGAAAAUAAAUAUGAUCCAUUCAAAUAAAGACUGCUGAUCGAUACUAAAACUCACCGAGCAGUACUUCUCUGUGUUACUGCACGCUAUAGGUACUGUACAACGUGGUUUCUUACUUUUCUGCCAGAUAAGCUUAGCAGUAAUAGAUUUAAUUCUAGGCCGUGGCAGCAUUGGUAUCUUUCGUUUUGAAAGUAUGUUCUCCCGUUAACUUUUGUCCAAAUCAACAAGCCCUUUUCUAUCAAGAGGGUGUUGUUUUUUCCAUUUGCUUGCAAAAUUUACGACUAUUUUAGUGCAAGUUAUUUGCAGCUUUGCUUUCGAAACCUUAUGAUUCUUACCCUUUUACGUUCAAGGUACAUCAGAGGGCAAAUCUGCCGCAAAACCAAGGGAGGAGCCUUCGUUAUCGGACAGCAGAGCGGCUUAUCAAGAAUUUCUGAUCGCUUCGCGUAAUAAGCAGGAAGAAAAAGAGACCAAGGAAGCUUUGUUCGAACGAGUUGAACGUAAAGAAGACAAGAAAGAAAUGGAGUCCGAGAAUCUUGAAGUGCAGGACGUAUCACUUGAUGAAUUGUGAGUAUUUUCACGGUUAGGACGCAGCGUUGUUGUUUGUAGUGACGUCUUUCUUUUCUGUAGAGAGGUUUUGGUUUGAACGUCUUAAAUCAAGUGAUUUAAUACUCCAGCCAAUGAUUCAUUCCCUUCUCCCCACACAAGAUACUUGGACGCAGGGGAGAAAAUGCCUUAUGGUCACGUUCAAGUCACCUAUUAUGGUCGGGAGCGUACUUAGCAUGGACAGCGACGGACGCGAAAGCUCCACUAAAAAAACUGAAUUCAGAUGAAGUUUGAAAGUACGCAUAUUCACUGACAGUUUCGCUGCCGACGCAGUGGUGGUGUCGUGAGUAAAUGUAAAGUCACGGUUUUCUUUACCGUGAACCUCAAGGCGUCUAAGCCGCUUGGAAGCGCCGGGUCCCUCUCUUCAUCUACAACUAAAUUUCGUGACUCUUACUGCGCUUUUCACAAACAUGCGAAUUCUGAAGUUCAAUAGCCAACUGUCGAUUGCGUUUUUCACUGCCGUCAAUCAUCUUAACGAACCUCUUAGGAAACAAAACUUUACUUUAACGGGUUCAAAAGGUCAUGGUUUGUGAUUUGUCAUUGGUGGAUUUCGAUCUGUUUUUUGUGUUUCUGUGUUUCAAGGUUCGUUGCUUGUGAUCGUAAUUAUGAUUGACGGCAGCGAAAAACGCAAUUGGUGAAAGCGGCUUUUGAACUUAAGAGUUCGCAUGUUUGUGAAAGGCGCAGUAAAAAACUAAAUGAGUAAGAAUAAUCGCAGAGGACGAGAAUUCAUGUUUCCGGUGACGUUUCAAAGGCGUCGCCGUUGUUGGUUCGUAAAUUCGCUUGAAUUUUACCAUUUCUAUGCUUACUUGUCGAGCAUUGGUUCGUGUAACAGACAGUGCUUUGGUUCCAGGGCCGGCAGCACUAUAUUGAAGGUUUUGAAUAAAAUUUCAGAUCAUUCCACACCGCCGACGGAUCACCCAACAGGUUUUUGCGAGCGACAGAGCUGCAAACAGGAAUCUACGAUACAAAUUUCACGGUGAGCUACACUUGAGAAUGGCUGUUAUGUGUUAAUUAUGAAAUUCGAAUGUUUAAUGUGCUUGUCUUCUCAUUACUUUCAGAGUUCUCCAUGAGGGGUUUAAUUUAACGCUCAGAGGGGAACGGGUUGAUCAGUAAAACGUUAAUCGCACAAGUUAAGCUAUAACAGAUUUCUAACGCUAUUCUAAGGGCGUGAUCCGUAUUCCAGAAUAAGAAUAAAAGAAAUAAACUCGGAAAAUCACUCGUCUUGCCUUUCAUCUGCUUAAAAUAAAAUGGCCCGAUGUAUAAAGCGUUUGAGGGGACUAAAAAUCACGGUAGACUAGGGAAAUGAUUUGCAACAAAACUUUGGCGUAUUCUUAUUCCGGAAUACGAUCAGGCGAACGCACCCUAAGUAUUUUUGCUUCUGUGUUCGAAACUUUUUUCAGAGGUUAAGAACGUGCUCCCUCCCAAAUUUGAGAAUGCUAUUCGAGACUGUGCCUGCCGGAAAUGUAGAAAAUUCAGUAGUAGAGCCGGGGGAAGAUGAUGAAGACGAAGAAGGUGUCGAUGAGGAGAAUGUGGAUGAACAAGAGACCGAGGAUGACGAGGAAGAAUUGGAUGAAGAGGAAGUAGAUGAGGAUGAGGAAGAUGAAGAGUUAAAUGUUGGAAGGUAAAUCGUGAUAAGUUAUAGAAAGCCCUGAAAAACUACAGCUUAGCAUCAUGGAGUAAUUCUCAUAUAACCUUGUCUCGCGCAUGUCAAAUGCAAGUUACCAGUAUUAUUUAUGCUGACGUAAUUUUACCUCGCAAAACACCGAUAUGCUGAAUACUUGUUACCUAUGUUGCUUUUCAGUGAAGAAGAAAACGAGGAAUUUGAAGACAUGCUUAACUCCAUGAGAGAUGUUCUCGUCAGCACAGGUAAACCAUAUUUACACUACCGUCCAAAAAAAAAGCAAACAAGCAACAAUAACACAACAACAAAAAAAACAUCACUGAAUACACAUCACUAUAUCACGGCUUUAAUAUGUAGCUUAUUGUUUUGCACAAGAAUGACACUAAGCCAUUGUUUUCUAGCCAUAUCGACCAACUCACGACUAAUGGAAGUUUGUAAAUAAACAAAAACCAUAUCUUUAAUCAUGUUAUUUAAUGUUAUGUUUCAGGCCGUUCUCCAUCCCCCAUGAAAGGCAUGCGUGGAACAUCUCAUAGUUUAGACUGGGAUCACAGUGUGGAUACGAACGUCCCACAGGGUAACCAAGUUAACUCAUGUUUCAACAGUUUGUGCUUUAAGAUAAUAACGGCACGUUUAACCAAGCAAUAAUUGAAUGGACUAUACGAAGGCGAUAUCAAGGGAAGAACGUUAUUGAAAUGUUGUCUAGGGUUCUUGAAAUAAACUUACCAUUAUUUCCUUCAUGUCAUUUGCCUCGCGAGAUUAGUUGGUUCAAGAACUGACUUUCCUGCCUUCUCAAGUCUAUAUGCAGGGUUCGAAAAAAAAAACACCCGUCUUGGACUAGUAGAUUUUCUUGCUAGGCAAGUAACGGAUCAAUUAAGGUUUUUGGGAAACUGCCCACCUACCUCUCCUCUGAGCCAACAUUUUGUCCUAAGCGAUAAGUAAGUGUAAAUGUUGGCUUAAGGGAGGGGUAGGUGGGUAGUUUCCCAAAACCCUUAAUUGAUCCCAAAUAACUUUAAAAGCUCACUUGCCCGCCCAAUGGGCAAGGGCCUAGACACGUCAUGCUCUAAAGAUAUCAUUAACUAACACAGCGAAGUUAGUUAAUGUUAAUUUAAAAAUUGUAAAAUCGACACUGUUCAAAAGAGUCUUAACCGACGUUUGGGCAAUGCUGAACGAAACGUCGAUUAAAAUUCUUUUGAACAGCGUCGAUUUUACAUUUUUCAAAUUAACAUUAAAUCAUUAACUAAGACGAGCAAGAAGUGGCUCCGGGCGAGCAGAAUGUGAGAGCUGCUUGCCGGCCCAAAGGACAAGCAGCUGGAAUUCACUUUUUUUUUCGAGCCCUGCUGUAUCUUCUAUAAACUCAGGCCAUAAAAAGAGUAUUAUUUUUUUUGCUUGUCUUCUUAUUUUUUGGCUGUAAAAAGUAUGAUCAUGCACUGUCUCUCGCUGCAGCCGAUGUUUUUCAGGAAAGGUACAUACAAAUGUUGUGCCGGAAGGACCCCCAUGUAGUAUUUAUUACAAACAUGCUUUUUUAACCCUGGGGUUAAAUUUAGGUCAUCUGGUAAGUUAAUUCUUCUCUUACAAUCAGCUGUAGCAAGUAGCUAGGGAAUUGAUCGAGGCGGAGCCUGGAGUGAUGGGGUUGUGGGGGAGAGUGAGAGAAGAAAAAAAACCUGAUAAGCUAACUACAAUAUUACAACUCAAACUAAAAUGAAAUAUAAUUUUUUUCUUGCCUGAGAAGAUGAAUUUGACGGAGCGGAAAUGGGGCGAUCUUCCUCUGAGCUGUCCAACUUAAAUGAAGAUUGGGAUUCAGGUAUGAAAAUGGAGAUCGGAUUCAUAAAAUAAGAAAAUAGACAGUCUUCGAAAAACCAAAAUAGAAAUUCUAGCCAAGUGAUAAUGGACCCCUGCGAGCCUGUAUCCAAUAUGCUCUUGAAACGCCGAGAUGAAGCUUUUUUCUUACAAUCCCACCUCUAAGAUUUCGCGCAACGUUUAGGUUUGCCUUCAUCAUUAGUGUAUAAGUACCACAGUCGACUGUCUCUAAGAGUAGACGGACACCUUUAAAAGCGGUACUGUGUGUCCGUCUUUUAGAGUAACUAAAACUAAAGAGUAAAGAAAGGAAGGAUCCAACUCUAGGUGUCCGUUUUAGCGAGGUGUCCUUUAAAAGAGGGUUGUACUUUAUAACCACAGCGACUUUUCCGAUUAUUUCAAAUAACAUCGUUGUCGUAAACUGAGGCUGUAGGGCUUCACUUAGCCUGGUGUAUAUAAGGUCGAAAUUGGGUACUGCAAAGUUGUACUCCCGUUAAUUACUCCAUUGCUUUAAAUCUUUCAAUUGCAGGUGAUGACGAUGAUGAGGAGGAAGACUCGGCCAAAAAGGAAGAGCGAGAGAGAAAGCGGCAGGAGGAGGACGAGAGUUUGUUCCACAGACUUGAAGAGUCAAGGCUGAUGCUGGAGCAGGAAUUAGGAUUCGACAAGUUUUUGCGAGUAUACAAAUAUCUUCAGGUAUAAUAGUAACAUUCAGUCGAUUCUAAAGAACGAAAGGUCGUUAAGGUUCGAAUUAGUACUUCUCCAAAGCAUUGCUGGGGGUGUAUCAUGGUGGUGCCGAAUUCAAUCAAACUCAGUCAUAUUAGGCUGAUUUAGCGACAGAACGGGAUCGUCAGUUGAUGACGGCGUGCGCAAAUCAAACAACUGUCAAACAACUGGCUUGACCAAUGGAGAGCGACAAACUGCUGGCACUGGAUGUAGCGUUUAGUCCUUUCCGCGCGCUUUCCCUUCGUCAACUGACCUUCCCGUUCUGUUGCUAGACCAAAACGGCGAACUGGUCUGCGUCGUGCCUGGUGCGAUGAAAGUCAGCAUGCAUUAUUUUUUGGUAUAGUUUACUCAGCAGUGUUAGUGACCUUGAUUAAAUAGAAUAAAUUCACCUAUCCAUCUUCUUAUUUAUUUUGUAUACGCAACUUCUCUUUUAGUGCCGGUUCACGUUCUGUUUGUUUUCAGUCUGUUCAAGAAAAUGAAGAUGACUGUGCAGAAAUUUCUAAUGCUGCCGAAAUCAGUGAACUGCUGGGAGAUAAAGAGCACCUGUACCCCAAAAUACUCUAUCUUGUUAUCGCAGAUUCCGCUUACUCAGAAGGUCUGUGA